UCCUCUUUGCGCGCUCUUUGACUCUCUGGCAGAAGCAUCAUGGCUGCGCCCUGUGUGCAUGUGUCCACAAAACUACACAGCCUAAUCACCUCGCUUGUGUAACUGUGUUUCCAAGUACAGAGCUUACUCGUUAUUUUCGCGUCUGAGACCCGAAGGCGGUUGUAAAACAUGGCACUGCGCAUGUGCGAGUCGUUGUUGUGCAGGACUUUGCGCUUUUCCAAAGUGCUGUCGAUGGAAACUGCGCCACUGCGUCUGAGGACAGCUCAUCGUGGCUGUGCAGUGAGGAACACUGUGUUUCGCUUUGUUCCCGCCUGUUUCAUCACCACCGAGGUUUUUCUGGACAGACUGCUGAAAGAACGUACGCUCGGCUUUGCGGAGAAUCCUGCAGGCUCCCCGGCUCACGCUGCUGUUCCCCCGGAUAGAGUUGAGCACUUUUCCUUGAUGCUGAAAGAUCCAGAUCAACCAGAAAAUCCAAAGGUUUUAAGAGUGGCUAUAAUCGGUGCUCCAAAUGCAGGGAAAUCAACACUGACCAACCAGCUCCUGGGCAAAAAGCUGUUUGCAACCUCCCAGAAAGUGCAUACUACGAGAUCUCGUGCACUUGGGGUGAUCACAGAGGACAAUACUCAGAUUAUUCUGCUGGAUACGCCUGGUCUCACUACUCCAUCUAAAGCUAAAAGACAUCAGCUGGAAAAGACUUUUCUUGUGGAUCCACUGAAAUCAUUACAACAGGCUGAUCUAGUGGUGGUGUUGGUGGACGUGUCAGAAAAGUGGACUCGCGGUAGGCUGGACUUUGAGGUGCUGAAGUGUCUGGCCCUGAAUGCACAUAUUCCUGCUGUCCUCGUCCUCAAUAAGGUGGACCUCCUAAAGAGCAAACCCUUGUUGCUGGACAUUACUGCAGAACUGACUGAGGGUAUUGUGAACGGCAAGAGGCUGAAAGUGCGCAGCUUAGUGAAGCCGCUAAAGAAGGAAAUACAGGAGAAGCAGAUGGAAAAGACUCCAGGUGUGCAGAAUGGAGAAGAGCAAAUGCCAAACCCAGACAAUCAGCUACUAAGAGGCCUGAGCAGAGAGCAGCUGAGGGCCCUGAAGAGCCGUAAAGGAUGGCCACACUUCAAGGACGUGUUCAUGAUGUGUGCUACAGAUGGCGAGGAUGUGCAGACACUGAAGAGUUAUCUGAUGGUGGAGGCGAAGCCAGGUCCGUGGCAGUACCACAGUGAGGUACUCACAGAUCAGAGCCCUGAGGACAUCUGUACCAACACCAUCCGAGAGAAACUACUGGAGUAUCUUCCUCAGGAGGUGCCUUACACAGUGACCCAGCGCAUUGAACUCUGGAGGGAAACAGCCAACGGCAAUUUGGACAUAUCUGUCAAACUGCAUGUGAAAAAAGACAGCCAUAUGAAAAUGGUGAUUGGUCCUGGGGGGCAGCUGAUAGCUCGAAUAGCCCGGGAAGCAGGACUGGACCUCACAAAUGCUUUCAUGUGUGAGGUGCGGCUGAAAAUAUCCGCCACUCUGAAGAACUGAAGUGGAUCGAGCUCUGAUCUGCAAAUUUUUGUUGGUGAAUUUGCACUGAGAUCUGCAAAAACUCCUGAGUGGAGUCCAGACUUUAACAAAGACGAUUAUUUGAGGCGUCAGUUUGUCUCGUGGACAACAUGUGAACUGUCUUAUCUCUCACACAGCUCUGUGUAUAACAGUCACAUUUGGGACAGAGCCUGCUUUCUGAACUCAAGCUGCUGUUGCCAUGUCCUAGGACUUUUAGCCCCGAGUCUAUUUAUUAUUAGUAAGGUCUUUAUUCAGAAUCUCAUUUUAGCAGCGGGAUACAUCAUGAAUAAAUCAGCAUUGUUCCAGAACGGCUGAAAAUGUGUCCUGGUCGGAAUUGCUGAUGAGGUUCAAGCAGAGUUGAGAGACUUCACGGGGAAGUUUUGGCUCUAAUGGGCUCAGUUCCUUAUCCAAGCUGCCCAGACCUGUUUUUGACCCCAGAUUCUCAUUCAGCUGGAUCAGAGACCAGUCUUUCAAUCAUCAUUAUUUUGUCCAUUUUAUUGAUUGGAACUGUGUAUUAUGUAAUAAAACUGUAAUUGGGA